AUGGCGACACACUCGGAGAUCAUUCGCCCUAUUCUAUUUGCGGUUCGACUCCUCCUUUGGAUCAGCGCAGUCAUCACCUUGGGUCUUGGUGCAUGGAUAGUCGAUCAUGUCAAGGGUUACCGGGCUGUCUUCCCCUUGGUCAUUGCAGUUCUGACCACCGUCUUUUACAUCCCCUCUUUGUUCACUGCCUGCAUGAAGACCAACAAGGGCUAUAUGCUUCCUUUGGACAUUGUCUUUUACGCCUUAUGGCUCUCGGCGUUCAUCUUCAUUGCACAGACCGACAACGCCUUUAACGAGGUUGGAUGCGCCUCCUUCAGCUGGACUCUGAACAACGCUUGCAGAAGAAGAAACUCCAUUCAAGCAUUUACCUUCCUGUCAUUCUUCUGGACAUUGUGUGGCAUGUGCUUGGAGAUUCUUAACAUCUAUCUUGAGGGUCGGUACUUCCGAAAGGGUGGAAAUAUCAUACACCCCGAAAAGCCCACUCAACCAGAUCAGUACAAUAACGGGGCAGCCCCUGCGGUCUCUGCUGGACAGACUGCUGGUGUGACACCUGCUACUGCUGAGCAACCUCAAGUUUGA